GAUUUAGUAGUCAGUCAUCCUGCGUGUGUCGUAAGCGUAUACCAUUUACAUCCUUGCGCUGCCCCAAUCGAAGUACGAACAGUUGUAAGCGAGCGCUGUGGGGAACGGACGUCAUGAAUGUAGAAAACAAAGUUUUUUUGAUAACUGGUGCCGCGACCGGCAUCGGCGCUGGCGUGACCCGCGCUUUAGCGAAAAAGGGCGCUAAGCACAUAGCUGUACUAGAUGUAAAUACGGCCGCAGGAGAAGAGUUACAAGAGGAAUUAAACGACAAAUAUGGGGCUGGUAAAAUAUUAUUUAUAAAGUGUGACGUUACAACCGAUUUGGAUUCCGCUUUCGAUGAAGCAACAAAACAAUUUGGUUAUAUCGACGUUGUUAUAAAUAAUGCUGGACUCAUGAAUGAUGGGCCAAAUAUUUACGAGAAGGAAAUAGCUGUCAAUGUGACGGCGCUAAUAAUUGGUUCUUUGAAAGCAUAUAAAUGGAUGAGAAAAGACAAAGAUGGCAAGGGGGGUACGAUCAUCAAUAUCUCAUCAAUCGUAGCUCUGAUACAAAGCCAUAUCCUGCCCGUCUACAGUGCAACGAAGAGCGCUGUGUUACAAUUUAGCAAUUGUUUAGGCAAGGAAGAAAAUUAUUCACGAACAGACGUCCGUGUUCUAACAAUUUGUUUCGGUAUCACCGAUACUAAUUUAUUACGAGGAGUUGGAUGUAUUGACGAGGAAUUAGAAGAGAAAAUAAUUGUUGCAUUGCAGCACUUUCCUAGGCAAAGCGUAGAUUCGGCUGUCCAAGGUCUUAUAACGGCAUUCGAAAGCGGCACAAGCGGCAGUACUUGGUUAAUAACGACAAACAGACCGGCUGAAGAAAUCACUGGCAACGUACAGAAGGCAUUCGAUAUUUUACGUCAAGGCGUAUUUUAAUAAUACUUUUUUAUACAUAAAAAUUAAGCAAG